AUGUUUUCAGAAAUAGACAGCUGCAAUCGUCAUCAAACGCUCAAGUCUAUUAAUUCUAUGCCUCUAUGUGACGAAUCCGUCUCUGUAAAUGUCCAAAGGACAUCCCACCCAAUCAUGCCAAGCUACGCAAUAAAUGCAAGUUUAAGAAACCAAAUGCUGUUCUAG